AAUCUUAAUCGUGAUUGUUGGAGCAGCCGAAUCUUCAAGGGAAUAUCCUCUUGGAAGAUUACUUUGUGAACUAUGGAAAGAUAUUGAAAUAACUUCAUAUACUGCUUUAACAGCUACAAUGACACCACAUCAUAGUCAUUCUGUAUUGAUUGGAAACGCAAGGUUCCUUUCUCUUCAACAUCAAAUAUUUAUUUCCAGAUGUAACGAUGAUUAUCAAGGAAUUCGCAAGUUCGAUUUGGAAGAACCGCCGUAUUGGUGGCUCUGUCGCGAUGAAUUACUCACAGCUUGGGCAUCACCAAAUGGAAAAGCACAAAUAAUUCAAUCACUUCAAUUUGAAGAUGGUAUAGAUCAUUCACCAGAGUUAGCGGCGGCAGAAUUAGGUAACGCAUUUUAUUGUAAUAUAUGCGGCAGUUAUCCUGUUGAUAACAGUUGUAGCGACUAUUGA